AUGAUGACCACCCAACAAAUGGAAAUCCUGAAGAAUCACAUGGGCAGUUUUACCUACUGGUUUGGACUCAACAAGGAAAGAGAUUCAAGCUGGAAAUGGGUUGAUGGCUCAGCAUUCAACAGCAAGUUCACCAUCCAUGGAACUGGGGAAUUUGCCUACUUGGAUGCCACCGGCGUUAAAAGUGAUGAAUGGCUCGUGAAAAAAAAGUGGAUUUGCUCCAGGCCAUCCAAACAUUAG